GGAGAGGUUGGGGCACCAGAGGGAGUGAGGCGGAGAAAGUCAAGAGAGGGAGUGGUCCUCCUCCCAGAUCUCCCCUCCCACCCUGCCGAAAGCGUCUUCUGAUUGGCUUCCCUGACGAAGGGCUCAGGUUACAUUCUCAAGCCAAGCGGAGCGCGGGAGACAGGACCCAAGAGGAGAGCGGCUGGUUCCCCGGCGCCGGACAGCCCCGGAGCUGCGGGCCACCCAGCAUCGCACAGACCCACCCCCGCUCUGCUCCAGGCUCCACCCCAGCCAAGGACCCUCAACACCAGCAUGGAUUGCUGCACCGAGAGCGCCUGCUCCAAGCCAGACGACGACAUUCUAGACAUCCCACUGGACGACCCCGGUGCCAACGCGGCUGCUGCCAAAAUCCAGGCGAGUUUCCGGGGCCACAUGGCGCGGAAGAAGAUAAAGAGCGGAGAGUGCGGCCGGAAGGGCCCGGGCCCCGGGGGACCGGGCGGAGCUGGGGACGCCCGGGGAGGCGCGGGCGGCGGCCCCAGCGGAGACUAGGCCAGAACCGACCACUUUAGAAGUUCCAGAGGAGAGAUGGAUGCCGCGUCCCCUUCGCAGUGAUGAGACUUCCCUACCGUGUUUGUGAUCCCCAACUUCCCACCAACCUGCCAGCUUCAGGAGCCCCCUGCGUCCCAGAGACUCUCUCUUCCUGGCAGGCUUCGUCGUGGAGUCGCCAAGUCCGUGCCCUUUUAGUUAGCUCUCCAGUCUAGCGUGGACCCCCUUCGCCUUUCCUCCCCUCCUCUCAGGCCCCCAAGCCUCGUGCUCCCAAACUUUCCUAUUGCUUCUCGCCCACCUUUCCCCGCGCCCAGCAUGCAGCUCUGCCUCCGUGGCCUCGUGCGCUUCCCUGCGCGCACUGCGGAGGGCGCCCUACGCGUUGCCCAAGUACACUCAAUUUAAAAGAAAACAAGUCCUUUCGAACUGUGCGUAGCGAAAGGGGGCGCCCUGCGUCUCGUGCCCCCUCCGCCCUCCAGCCUAGCCUCAGCCCUGGAGAUCUGGGACUGGGAAAGAGGGCAUUCGUGGUGUGUGAUGCCCCUCGCUGUGAUAGGAAGGGAAGUCCCUAUCCCACACCUGCCUGUCGUUCCCUACUCCUCCUUCCCUAACUCACCCAGAGAGCAGCCUCUCCCGGUAUCCAAUUGUUUAUGCAAAAGCCACCGAGCGCCUGGAGGCUCGGUAGGAGGAGUCUUCCGCGGCCCUGCCCCUGUGGCCCCGCCCCCACGGGCUUCUGUGGCUGUGGCCGGAAGUUUUUUAAUCUCUGCGUGUGCAUGUGACUGUGCUGGGUUGGAAUGUGAACAAUAAAGAGGAAUGUCCAAGUG